AUGCUAGCGGGUGAGAUCAAGAAAAUAAUCAUCGAGAAACUCAAAGAAUCCAAGUACUUUUCUGUGAUACUUGAUUGCACUCCAGAUUUGAGUCAUGAAGAACAAAUGUCUAUAGUAUUGAGGCGUGCUGAUAUUUCAGCAAGUCCAGUGAAGGUAGAAGAAUUUUUUUUAGGAUUUUUAUUGGUGGAUGAUACAUCUGCAAAGGGACUUUUUGAUGAAUUAGUGAAUGCGUUGAAUAAUCUAGAGCUUGAUAUCGAUAAUAUAAGGGGUCAAGGAUAUGAUAAUGGUGCUAACAUGAGAGGAAAACGUAAAAGGGUACAGAAUAGACUACUACAAGUAAAUCCUAGAGCAUUUUACACUCCUUGUGGGUGUCAUAGUCUCAAUCUUGCACUUUGUGAUAUGGCUACUUGUUGUACAAAAGCUAAAUCUUUCUUUGAAGUGGAAAGUCAUGUUGAAAGUAUUAGAGCAAUAAGAUUUCAAGCUCCACAAAUAAGAAAUGCUCUACUUGAAUUGGCAAGAGUUGAUGAUCCUAAGACAAAAAGUGAGGCGGAGUGUUUGGCAACAUAUGAAAUAGAGAAUUUUGAAUUCUUACUUGGGAUGGUUAUUUGGUAUGAAGUGUUGAAUAAUGUUAAUAGAGUAAGCAAACAUUUACAAACAGAGGACAUCCAUAUUGACGUUGCUAUAGACCAUUUAAAAGGACUCAUUUCAUUUUUCAAAAGCUAUAGAGAAACUGGGUUUGAAUCGGCCGUGAUUGAUGCUAAAGAGAUUGCAAGUGAAUUAGACAUUGAACCAAUAUUUCGUGAAAAAAGAGUUAUACGUAGAAAGAAGCAGUUUGAUGAGAUUUCUUGUGAAGAGAUGACAGAAACAGCUGAAGAAUCUAUCAGGGUCAAUUAUUUCUUAUAUGUAGUAGAUCAAGCUCUAUCAUCGCUUCAAAAUAGAUUUAAACAAUUUCAGGAAUAUGACGAUGUUUUUGGAUUUUUAUUUGAUUUGGAAAAGCUUAAAUCCAUUGAUGAUGCUACAUUGAAGUGUCGUUGCAUUAAUCUUGAAAACUAUUUGAAGCAUAACACAGUAUCUGAUAUCGAAGGAAUGGAAUUAUUUUCUGACUUGAAAGUUUUAAGGGAAGUAAUAUUUACAGAAAUUAAUGGAGCAGCUGCUGUGUUAAAUUACAUUAAGAGAAUGAAUUGUUGUUUUGCAAAUGCUUGGGUUGCUUACAGGAUAUUAUUGACUAUCCCAGUCACUGUUGCGUCCGUUGAAAGAAGUUUUUCAAAGUUAAAAUUGAUUAAGUCUUAUCUUCGAUCAACCAUGUCACAAGAGAGGUUGAAUGGAUUAUCUAUGAUUUCUAUUGAAAAAAAAAUGUUGGAAGAACUUGAUUUGAGUUGUUUGAUUACUAAUUUUGCAUCUCAAAAUGUUAGAAGACUAAAUAUGAUGCUAGCUUAA